GUCAAGGUUCUACUUUGCAUCCGCCAUCCGACCAGUCACCUCACAUCUUCUGGCUUCUCCGCUGUUUCCUCUCUCUUGCCAACGGCCUCAUCUUCGCGCAGCAGAGGAACUAGUUCCGGCACUUGUCUUACAGUGGAUUCGCGAAGGCACCACGUCAUGCUAACAGACCCGACGCCAAACCGUCAUCGACUUGGUGCUAAUGCUCCUAAAAUGUUCGCCUUCGAUUCUAUCUUUACGGAGGACGAUGCACUGGUCAGUCACCUUUAUUUCGUCCACCCACCUAUAUACCUGUUUAUCUGCUUAUCUUUAGUGUUCAGGCUUAGGGAAAAGCGGAAGUUGACUCCUUUGAAUAAAAUUGGUCAGACAGCACACCCACAAAUGCAAAAAUGUACAUCAGGUGCAUUCAGCAUGAAGCCGGCAACUGUAUAG